AUAUUGUGAGUUAACAUUAUUCUUUCUUUUCCCCAGACUCUGCGUUACUGACUUAUACCACUUGUGACCAGGCUGGACCUGCUGUGUGACUAUAGCCGGCUGCAGUCGCAUCUUCGCUGUGUGCUUUGGUUAGUCUGGCUGUGUAGUGAGCUCUUGGGUGUGGUAGUUGGUCAGUCAUGGUUUUUCUGGUUGUGUUGGGUAGCCUGCUCCAGAUGCUGUUCCUGCGGUCGUGUAUGGGCCAGUUCCCCCGGCCUUGCGCCAACACAGAGGCGCUGCGUACCAAGCAGUGCUGCCCGGUGUGGGAAGGGGACGGGUCGGCCUGUGGAGCCACGUCGGGCCGAGGGUUCUGUCAGGACGUGACAGUAUCGGAAGAGCCCCACGGGCCACAGUACCCACACACUGGGAUAGACGACCGAGAGCGGUGGCCGCUGGCCUUCUACAACCGCACAUGCCAGUGUGCAGGUAACUACGGGGGUUUUGACUGUGGGGAGUGCAGGUUCGGCUACUUCGGCCCCGGCUGUGCCGAGCAGCGGGAGUCCGUGAGGAGGAACUUCCUCUCGCUGUCGGUGGCGGAACAACAGAGGUUCAUCGCCUACCUGAACUUGGCCAAGAACACCGUCACCGCUGACUACGUCAUUGUCACAGGAACUCGCGCUGAGAUGGGUACAAAUGGGGAGAACCCAAUGUUUUCUGACGUGAGUGUAUAUGACCUGUUUGUGUGGAUGCACUACUACGUGUCCAGGGACACACUGCUUGGGGGGCCAGGAAAUGUUUGGCCGGACAUAGACUUUGCACAUGAGUCGGCAGCGUUCCUGCCAUGGCACCGAGUGUAUCUGCUGCACUGGGAGCACGAGAUCAGGAAGAUGACUGGGGAUUUUAACUUCACUAUCCCAUACUGGGACUGGCGUGAUGCAACAGACUGUACGGUGUGCACGGACAACCUGAUGGGUGGGCGGAGCCCGCUGAACCCCAACCUCAUCAGCCCAGGCUCUGUGUUCUCUUCAUGGAAGGUGAUCUGUACCCAGCCAGAGGAGUACAACAGCAGAGCAGCACUAUGUCCCGGGACAGGGGAGGGCCCUCUGCUGCGCAACCCUGGUAACCACGACCCUAACCGUGUGAGGCAUCUGCCCACCUCGGCCGACGUGGACUUCGUGGUGGGUAUAGAGACUUACGAGACGGGAGCCAUGGACCGCCAAGCCAACAUGAGCUUCAGGAACUCCCUGGAGGGUUUUGCGAGUCCUGAGACGGGGAUGGCUAUAACAGGACAGAGUACGAUGCACAACGCCCUCCACGUCUUCAUGAACGGAACCAUGAGCUCAGUACAGGGCUCAGCCAAUGAUCCCAUCUUCCUCCUGCACCACACCUUCAUAGACAGUAUCUAUGAACAGUGGUUGAGGAGACACACGCCGCCUCGCUCCCGCUACCCAACAGCCAACGCUCCGAUUGGUCACAACGAUGGUUACUACAUGGUUCCCUUCCUGCCACUCUACCGCAACGGUGACUACUUCCUUGGCAACAAGGUCCUGGGUUACGAAUACUCCUACCUGCUUGACCCAGGAACGAGGUUUGUCCAGGAGUUCCUGACUCCCUACAUGCAGGAGGCUCAGCUGAUCUGGCAGUGGCUCCUGGGAGCAGGACUCAUCGGGGCCAUCCUGGCAGGAAUUGUCAUGAUGACCGGGGCCCUGUUUGUCAGGAGGAGGAGCCAGAACAGGAAGAUGAAGUCGACUUCAUCCUUCGGGGAGAGACAGCCCCUCUUACAUAGCAGCUCAGAGGAAGGAUCAGGGACCUCCUACCAGACCACACUGUAAUACACACACACACACACACAAAGACACACACACAAACACAAACACACACACACUAAGAUACAAACACACAAAGACACACACACACUAAGAAACACACACACACACACACACACACACUCCAGAGACAUUUCAUUCCAAUAUGCCUCGUUCUGCUGCUCUUGAUCUGGGAGUUAAUCUGACACAUAUCAAACAGUAGGAAGACGUUCAGAGACAGACAUGAAAUGAUCAAUCAUAUUAAAGUCCAACUGCAGUCCAGUCUUGAGUCCCGUUCAGGACCACGACACUACAGUCAAACUGUAUGGGACAGGUAUUUGGGUCUGUUAGUGUUGGUUUUGUUUCCACUCAGUGCUGUCUAUGGGUCCCUGUCCCCAUUCCCUCCCCUAUUCCCCCCGUCCUCCCCCUCUCCCCACUGCCAUGGAGAUGCUGGUGCUAUGGGGAUGUUGUACUGUGUACUGUACUAUACUGUGUACUGCAUUAUACUGUGUACUGUAUGAUAAUGUAUACUGUUGAUACUGUGUACUGCAUUAUACUGUGUACUGUAUGAUAAUGUAUACUGUUGAUACUGUGAACUGUAUGAUAAUGUAUACUGUUGAUACUGUGUACUGUAUUAUACUGUGUACUGUUGAUACUGUGUACUGUAUUAUACUGUGUACUGCAUUAUACUGUGUACUGUAUGAUAAUGUAUACUGUUGAUACUGUGAACUGUAUGAUAAUGUAUACUGUUGAUACUGUGUACUGUAUUAUACUGUGUACUGUUGAUACUGUGUACUGUAUUAUACUGUAUGAUAAUGUAUACUGUUGAUACUGUGUACUGUAUUAUACUGUGUACUGUUGAUACUGUGUACUGUAUUAUACUGUGUACUGUUGAUACUGUGUACUGUAUUAUACUGUAUGAUAAUGUAUACUGUUGAUACUGUGUACUGUAUUAUACUGUAUGAUAAUGUAUACUGUUGAUACUGUGUACUGUAUUAUACUGUGUACUGUUGAUACUGUGUACUGCAUUAUACUGUGUACUGUAUUAUACUGUGUACUGCAUUAUACUGUGUACUGUUAAUACUGUGUACUGCAUUAUACUGUGUACUGUUGAUACUGUGUACUGUAUUAUACUGUGUACUGUUGAUACUGUGUACUGUAUUAUACUGUGUACUGUUGAUACUGUGUACUGUUAAUACUGUGUACUGUAUUAUACUGUAUACUGUUGAUACUGUGUACUGUAUUAUACUGUGUACUGUUCAUACUAUGUACUGUAUGAUAAUGUAUACUGUUGAUACUGUAUACUGUAUUAUACUGUGUACUGUUGAUACUGUGUACUGUAUUAUAAUGUGUACUGUAUGAUAAUGUGUACUGUACUAUACUGUGUACUGCAUUAUACUGUGUACUUUAAUACUGUGUACUGUUGAUACUGUGUACUGUAGAUACUGUGUACUGUAUUAUACUGUGUGUACUGUUGAUACUGUGUACUGUGUGAUAACUAUGCCACUAUGAGAACCAGAGGGCAAAUUAAUAAUAUACAUUUAAUUUGAAUAUGGUGCAUUAAAUCCAUCUUG